CUUUUAAAGAAGGAAGCUUUGAAAUAACUUGAAUGUUGUUUUGCUUGUUUAUAUAAAAUAAUUGUAACUGAGAGAUUCAAUUCCAAGCGGAAUGUCUAUAUUACAAGUCACAAAAAUUAGUUGCCUUUUACUGAUUGGAAUCCUUCCAUAUACAUACGGUUCCUGGGAAUGCAGUUUCCGAAAGGGAAAGUGUCAUUGGUCUACUAGAGAUGAAUAUUGCUCCUGGAAAUGGACAAACAAGCAACUUGAUGGAGUUAAAGGUUAUAUGGUUUCCACUGGACAAAGCAGAUGUACAUCACAAAUGAAAUGGAAAGCGGCUACUUGGGGAGAAGCUGGGAAGCCUUUUUCCUUCUUAUAUCAAAUAAAUGGAAAUGGUAAAGUUAACUUAACAGUAAUUUGUUUUGAAUAUGGUCUCCUUGGGGAUACUCCUCAUAAAAAAUGGACUUGUAAUGCAUCUCCAGCACAUAGAUGGACAAAGGCUCACAUAAACUGCCCUUAUAAUUUGGAUAAAAUCAUUAUUGAAGCUGAGUUUCAUGGCAAAUCAAAUGUCAUGAUUGGAAAAAUAUGGAAUGAAAAUGGGCCCCAAACAGAAAAUUCUUGUCCACCAGUUCCACCCACAACCACACAAGCACCAACUACCAUCACUCUACCAACAACUACAACCACACCAACAACUACAACCAAACCAACAACAACAAUGCUAAUGACACCAACCAUCAAAAGAACCCUUUCACCAAGGACAUCAACAAAAGGUAUAAACCUCCCAAGUUCAAUAAUGAGUACAACAAUGGAAUAUCAUUCAAGCAAAACUAUAUCAAAAUUAUUUACAACUUUCCAUCCUGGUAAAGAUAUUUCAACAGUUUCAAUAUUGGACAUUAUAAAGAACAGUACAAAGAUGUUUAAUACCAAUACUCCUUCGCACAAAACAUCUAUAGCAUCUACAACUAACAAUAUACUACCAACAACUUUAUUUCAUCAUAACACAAAUGGAUAUAAACAGAAUGAGACAACACUUGAAGCAAAUCAAGUUACCAAACCAAGCAAAGGUUUUACUGUUUACACCUCAGGAAGGGAUAAUGUCACAUCUUAUUUUACCACUGAGAGUAGCAGUAACAAAUUUGAUGAACUGAAAAGCUAGCUUCGCAAGAAAAUAAUAAUUAUUCUUGCAUCCAUUUUUGGCAUUCUAAGUGUUUUAGCAAUUAUCUACUUGAUUGUGCGGAGCAUACGGAGAUCAGAUUUGCUAAAUGAAAGGAGAUUGGUGUAACCGGUUUUGAUCGUAGAUAGACCUGCUUAAUAGAUCCUGCAUUUAAUUUUGUCAGCCAACACAUACAUACACUCACACUCAUGUAGUGAGUCAAUAAACUAUUGGUAUGCUAAAUAAGCAAUAGAAAUUUACAAUAAAGUAUACAGUAAUCAGAGCAGCACUAAUCUUUUUGAAAUUAACUGAUUAUACUAAAUCAAAAAUAUAUUCAUUAAGAUUUGUCCAAUGUGUUUGGUUACACACUGCUUCCAUAGUUAAAAUCUUGUGUUGCUUGCAUGAAGUAUACCAUGAACGUUUCCAUUUUCUCAAAUAUAAUGCAAAGUACAUCACUAAUUUUUUAAUGUUCAAAUCUCAAUGCCAUCAAGUCACUGGAAACGUGUUUGGAUGUGACAAUUACUGCAUUUAUUCAUCCAUAGCAUGUACUCAAAUGUAAUGUGAAUUGACUUUGUGGAUGUUCUUUAUUUCCUUGUAGUUGGAAUAAAAUUAAUGAAAAAAAUUGCAUAUUUGAAAUGUAUGUACAUUCUUACACAGACACACACUCACUCACCCAUAUAUUGCACACACAUAUAUCAACAUAUGAAUGUGUGUGUGUGUGUGUGUGUGUGUGUGUGUGUGCGUGUGCUUAGAGCUUUGGUAAGCUGAACAACAGCAAUUUGUUUUCUUCUACUACAAAAUCUCUUAUGGUGACAACAUGCCCUGUAAUUUAUUCACAAAAUCAUUUUUCAUACCAAAGUAAGGCUAAGUAACAUGUAACCUUUACUCUCUCUCGCUUUCCUUUUUCUUUCAUUUUUUUGUGUGUGAUAUUUUACUCUUUUUUACUCUUUU